AUGGCUGGUUUUUUAAUUUCAAAAGUAAUUUAUGAACUUACAAACCUUGAAGUUGCUGACAUAAUCAAAGCUCAAGGUGGAAAAAUGAAUGUAUAUGAUAUUGCAAAAGUGACUGGAACUAACGAGGAUAAAUUAAAUCGUCUCCUCCGUGUUGCAGUAUCUAAAGGUAUCUUUCAUUCCCUUGGUAAUGGUGUAUACGCUAAUACUCACCUAUCGUUAGUGCUAUCUUAUGAUUUGAAAUUACAAACUGAGAAUAAAGAAGAGCAAAUGACUUCAUUUUCAAAAGCUCAUGAUGGAAUAGGGGCAUUUGAAUGGUGGUCAUUGCCUGAGAAUAAAGAAAGGCAAGAGAUUUUUAAUAAAGGGAUGAUUGAGCAGGAUGCUAUAUACGGCAAAGGUCUUAUUCAAGAUUAUGAUUGGUCGCAGCAUAGUAAUGCAAAAUUUGUAGAUGUUGCCGGAGGGAGUGGUGGUUUUUUGUCCCAAUUAUUAACACGCUAUCCAACAAUGAAGGGUGUUCUUUAUGAUUAUCCUAGCGUUAUUGAAAUGUCUGAGCAGGUAUGGUUGACAAAUCAUAAAGAAUUGUUAGAUAGAGUUCAAUUCUUUCGAGGUACUUGUUUAAUAAACGCCCCUGACGAACAAGCCAUUAAAAUUCUUAAAACAAUUCACUCUGGCAUUCCUUCAAAUAAUGCUAGCACGUCUUGUCAUGAAACGCCUUCAUACUUCAAGUCAAAGCCAAAGCUUCUCAUAGCCGAAAUAUUGAUUGAUGAUCGAACUCAGUUUCCUCUUAUAUAUCAAUUAGACAUCCUGAUGAUGUGCAUGUAUAAUGGUAAAGAAAGAACAAAAUCAGAAAUUAAGGAGUUAUUAAACAAAUCUGGAUGGAAGUUGACGGAAAUUACUUAUUGCAGAGGUGGGUUUAGUGUCAUUGAAGCAGUUCCGCAAUAA